ACUAUGAUGAGUCAAUUCCACUAAUCACUCCCUUUUCUCGUCAACGCAAAAAUGGCGACGAGCUUGCCGUUACUCAAUGUGACCGGAAUCUCGUUACCGUCGACGUCGAGACUAUUUCGCCGGCGUCCACACAUUGUUUCACGCAAAGAUCUUCCUGAAUUCUCAGCUAAAGCAGUCUCUUCGCGGCUUAGCUUCUCUCCUGUUUCGUUGUCGCAAUUUCGUAACGGAAGCGACAGGUUUCUCUCGCCGGAUUCGUUACCGGAAGUAUCAUCCCCGAUCCGAUCGGUUACUGUGAGUUCGUUGAGUACGCCUCUCAUUUCUCCCAACGAUGAAUGGGGAACUUGGACUGCUCUCUUCGCCACUGGGGCUCUCGGUCUCUGGUCGGAGAAUACAAAGGUCGGAGCCGCGAUGAGUGGUGCGUUAGUCAGCACUCUAGUUGGGCUUGCAGCUAGUAAUCUAGGGAUCAUUUCUUCCCAAGCUCCUGCUUUUGCUGUAGUGUUGAAUUUCCUGCUCCCUUUAGCUGUUCCUCUGUUGUUGUUUAGAGCUGAUUUGCGUCGUGUGGUUCAGUCCACUGGAAAGCUUCUCUUGGCUUUUCUGAUUGGAUCAGUUGCCACAACGGUCGGUACAGCUCUGGCAUACUAUCUAGUGCCAAUGAAAUCACUUGGCCCUGAUAGUUGGAAGAUUGCAGCUGCUCUCAUGGGAAGACAUAUCGGUGGAGCCGUCAACUACGUAGCUAUUUCAAAUGCUCUUGGAGUUACACCAUCGGUUUUAGCUGCUGGACUGGCUGCUGAUAAUGUUAUAUGCGCUGUAUAUUUCACGACAUUGUUUGCUUUGGGCUCCAAAAUACCUGCAGAAGUUGUACCGCCACCGACUACUGAUGCAAAUGCAGAGACGAACCAAGUUUCUGAAACUAAAAACAAAAUUCCUGUGCUACUGAUAGCUACUGGAAUUGCUGUGUCAUUAGCUAUAUGCAAGGCUGGGGCUUUGCUAACAAAGUACUUCGGGAUUUCGGGUGGUAGCUUACCGGCCAUAACCGCGGUUGUUGUUAUUUUAGCAACUGUCUUUCCGUCCCAGUUUGGUCGUCUUGCUCCAUCUGGAGAAGCCAUGGCUCUGAUUCUGAUGCAGGUGUUCUUCACAGUGGUGGGUGCAAGCGGAAACAUAUGGAGUGUGAUCAACACGGCGCCGAGCAUAUUCUUGUUUGCGUUGGUUCAAAUUGGGACACAUCUAGCUGUGAUAUUGGGUAUAGGAAAGCUGCUAAACAUCGAGCUAAGGUUGCUGCUUCUAGCAUCAAAUGCUAAUGUCGGAGGACCCACGACUGCAGCUGGAAUGGCGACAGCAAAGGGAUGGAACUCGUUGAUAGUUCCAGGGAUUCUGGCGGGAAUAUUUGGGAUCGCCAUUGCAACUUUCCUAGGAAUUUUAUUUGGAGUUAAAGUUCUCAAGUUCAUGUGAAGAUGGUAAUAUAACUAAACUAUGGAU